AUGAAGACGUGCUCUAAGCCAAGCAGCGGCAGAGGUGCGAUCCACUUUUCCUUUGGCGACAAUCCACCCAGCAACGUUCUUCAGAAUUCUCCUAGCAGUCUGAUCCAGGCUUUUCAUGAUAUCGCUAAAAAUCCUGUUGUUACACUCCAGCCAUAUGUACCAACAGACUGCAUGAAAAAAACAAUAACAGAACCAUCCAUCUACGCAAUCAGGGACAUCCAGAGGCCACUCCUUGAUUGUGAAGGCGAGACCAUCACUAAUAGGGAGGUUGUUGAGGUUGCAGCUCCUCUUAAUCAGAUUCCACACAUGAUGUGUGAAGCUACAGCUAAUGAGAAGAUAAUGAAUCGACUCUUCGUCUUUGUAGCAAAGCGUACAUCGAUUAGCAAGACUCAAACCACGAUUUUGCAUCAUAUCCAUUGUCAAAAUCUUGCAGUGCGCCACGGUCCAGAUGAAGAAGCAAAUCUUUGCGGGUACAAUCUUUCUCCACACCGAAGUCGUCGGGAAAUUGGGAAUGCCAAGGUCUUUGAUCUCCAUUAG